AUGAGCUGCAGCAGUGUUGAAGGUUCAGAGUUCUCUGAGGAAGAGCUGGAGCUUGGUCUGCUGGGCCAAGAGGAGGACGAGGGAAGUCCCAAGGCAUCUUUUCAAGACAGUGAGUGCUCAACCAGCAGCCCCAGCGACCCAGAGGAGGGCCUGACCAAGAAACGCAAUCGGCCAGUCCGCUCAAAAGCUCGACGAAUGGCUGCCAAUGUACGCGAGCGAAAACGCAUCAUGGACUACAACCAGGCCUUCAACGCCCUGCGUGUUGCUCUGAACCAUGACCUCAGCGGCAAACGGCUCUCCAAGAUCGCCACCCUGCAGAGGGCCAUAAACCGCAUCUCCGCUCUCUCUGUAUUCCUGAACUCCAACCCUCCCAGCAAACCCUGCACCCACCGGGAGUGCAACAGGGUAUCAGCAGGGCCGGCUGCGAUGGGAACAUCUCGACUGGAGCAGACCAGGGUAAUGGUUCCCCGCCUGGAGCAUCAGAGUUACAUCCCCUGGAACGCAUCCAUCUCUCAUCAGAUGCAGCCACAACAGGGGCCUCACAUGCACAGGCUGCCCACAGAGCCACACGUCUACAUGGAUAACACUGUCUCGUCAUGCCCCCCGUCGCCACACUACCCUUGUUAUUCCACAGAGGGACAGCUCUAUGCCUCACAUGGACACUGCAGCAGCCCCCCCAACCAUCCUCCCAGUCCUCUGCGAUACCCUCAGGUGGGUGAGGGGUUGGGGUACCAGCCAGGGUUGUGGGCAUCCUGUACUCAAGGAUACAUGGACACGUUUGUGGAGCCUCCUCCAGCUCUGGGGCUUCCGUGGCAGGUGAGCUACAAGCAGGACUCGGAGCACGGCCUCUCUCUGUGCUCUGACAUACUGUAACAGCUACACCAACCACUGUGAGCCCUGAAGAAAACUGAGAACGCCAGUGGACUGUUAAAUAAUCUCAGGGAGAAAAGUGAUGUGAGGUUUUUGUGCUUCUGCUGUUGCAACCACUUCAGUAUUACAACAACACUCUCUUACUGCAGAGCAGAGUCCUCUCAAUGUAACUGACAGAUAUAAAUGAAAGUGCAAUGGCAACCCACACUGCAGAAUGUUGUAAAUAUUAGCAAAUGUAUUUUGCUAUUGCAUUUCAAAAUGUUAAACUUAAAGAAUGUUCUACUUUCUGCUGUAGAUAAUCAACCCACACAACUGUGCCCUAGUUAAACUGUCAUCUGUUUCUGCUAAAGCUGACUCACUGGACAUUAUGCUACAUUACUAAAUGUGUGAUAUUCAAAAGAAACAUGAACACAACAAAGAUGGGACAGCCUGCAUAUGUACUAUACUGUUAGGUAACUUGUUCUUACACUAUGUUUUCUUUCGAGUAGUGUAAAGUGCAACUUAAGGAAAUGUGAUAAAGAUUUGACCCGAAGAUCAACACUUGUUAAUGUAUUUAUUCUCUGUUGCA